CACGACGAUGGAUCUCACCUCACACCCAGGUCUCCCUCCCAUACAUGCUACAGCGCGGAACGUUGCUAUUAGCGUUUGCCUCCCUGUUUGUGUUCGAGUACUGAAGAGCUUGACCGCGGUGCUCACUUCUACUAAUCUGUUGGAGUCGCAAGGCAAAUCCGCGCAGCCAUCAUGCGCGUUUUCUCGGGAGUGCUGCUGCUUCUUGCAUCGUUGCAGGCAGCCCAAGCGGUCUACUUUUACAUGGAAUCGGGUGGAAAGAAGUGCUUCAUUGAGGAGCUCCCCAAUGAUACCGUCGUCGUUGGACACUACAUGGCGGAGGAGUGGGAUCAGCAAGAGAGCAAGUUCGUCAUGCACGAAGACCUUGGCAUCAAGAUUGCAAUCAAGGAGAUGACAACGGAGCACGUCCUGACUUCCUCUCGAGGGCCGUCGGAAGGCAAGUUUGCAUUCACCUCUCACGAGUCUGGUGACCACCAGAUCUGCUUGACUACGGAUUACACAGAGUCUCAUCGGCGUAGCCAGGGGCAGGUGCGGAUGCAUUUGGACAUCAUCAUCGGAGAUGCCAAGCCAGACAAUACUGGCCGUAACAAGCAGCACGUUGAGAGUUUGGCGGAGAGGGUGCGCGACUUGAACGCCAAAGUGCAUGAUAUCAAGAAGGAGCAACAGUUCCAACGAGAGCGUGAGGCUCUCUUCCGAGAUCUUAGCGAAAAAACAAAUACCAGGGCCAUCUACUGGAGUGCAAUCCAGAUGUUUGUGCUCUUAGGGACCUGCAUCUGGCAGCUCAGACAUCUCAGGGUCUUUUUCGAGGACAAGAAGCUUCGUUGAUCCAGUCUCAGCGACCUGGCGGCAGUGCAGGCGUAGCACAGAUCACUUCAAAUAUUGUAGCAUACAGCAGGCAUGUGAUUACGAUUGUCACCCUUUCUAUUGUACAGAAUUGCCAAUGCAUCACACCU